GGGCGAGAAGGCGGACGCCAUGAUGCGGAGGCUGUGAGGCGGCGGCGGCGGCCAUGAAGCGGCGGCGGGGGGCGGCCCCGGAGCCCGGCUGCCUCCGCGCCUGGGCGGCCGAGAGCGAGGCCCUGGCAGGGCGAUGGCGGGCAGCGCGGUGCGCCGGGCCCCGAGGUGCCGAGGCGGCGGCGAGGCAGCAGCGAGGAGCCUUCGGGGAGCUGCUGCUGCGGAUGAGGGGGCUGCCAGCUGCCCUCCCCACCUUGCCUCUGGAGCUCACCGUCCUGUACAACUCCCUGCUCUUUGUUAUGGGGACAUCUGACCGUGUUGUCGAAGGAGAAGCAGAAGGAAUACGCCAGGGGCUCCUCAGGGUUCUGGAGGCUUGUGGAAGCUCCGGGCAGGACCUCAGCACAGAGGAGCUGUGGCAGAAGGUGCUGCAGGAGGUAACUGAUGAGGAACUGCGGGCCCCCUUGCACCGACUGGGGGCCCUGCAGGCAGCAUGGUGGCUGGCCACCAGCCGCCUGCAAAGUGUCACCGGCCUCUUCCAGCUCCUGAGCAGCGCUGAGGAGUCAGGGAGAGCUCCCUGCGGCAGAGGGGAGAACGAGCUCCUUGCUCUCCUCAAGGCAUGGAGAGUGCCGGCCGAGGGGGCCUCCACGUCCCUUGUACAGAGCGCUGAGAACUUGAAGGAGACCCUGUGCACUGCAGCAGCCUUCCUGCAAGGGCUACAGGAGCUGGAGGCCGGGAACCACCCUGCUGCCCUCUCCCUUCUCCAGAAGGCUGCAGGAGGAUUCUGCUCCAAGAGGGUCCUGGCUCAGAUUUACACCUGCCUCGGCUGCUGCGCUCAGCAAAUGGGCAAGCCUCAGACAGCCCUUCAGCACCUGAAGCGGGCCCUCCAGGUGGAUUUCCAGUGCCUUCCUGCCCUGUCCCACGUGGCAGCCGUGUACCAGGAGCUGGGGGAGACGGAUGCGGAGCUGCAGGCCCUGGGUCUGCUCUAUGAGGCUUUGGAAAAAUACCCUCCAUCAGCUGCUUCCUCUAGUCCAUAUUUUCUAAUCCGAACAGAGCUGCUUGUCCACACACCAGUCCUCGCUUCUCUCCUUCGCCGUCGCCAGCCCUCUGAAGUGAAGUACCUGCUGGCACAGCGGUGUCUUCAGGAGGGGAGGGUGGCUGAAGCGGUGGAACAUUACGUGGAUUUUCUGGCCGUGCUUCAGGAGGGGCUGCAGCAACAGGUUCCCCUGGAUGGUGGCUCAGCUCUGCCCAGGAUCCCUGAGGCGUUCCUGGAAGCAGCAUCCGCCUUGGAGCAGGACGGGAGGCACCGGGAUGCCAUAACGUUGUGCGAGGAGGUUAUCAGCAGGACAACUGACCUGAUCCCACGGGCGUUGUUACUAGUUGAGGAGGGGCUGGAGCAGCCAGAGAGCCCCUCACCAGGCACAGGGCUGGCCGGGCGACUCCUGUCCCAGAAGAGGGAGAGUCUGCACUGCCUCACAUGGAGAGCAGCUGCCUACCUGCACCAGGGCUGGGCGUGGGUCAAGCUGGGCGAGAACAAGGAGGCCAUAACGCAGUUCAGCAGGUGCCUCAGUGAGCUCUUGCGGUUCCCCCUUUGUGGGCCUGGCGCCGAACUGACAGGGAAUCUCCUGGCAGAAGUGGAGGUUCUCCAGAAGAUCAGGUUGCUUUCCCUCAUUGGGCGAGGUACGCAGUUCCUGGAGCUGGGGAAGCACAAGGAGGCCUUGCUGGAUUUCCAGUACGGCUUGCAGGUCUCGCCAGGUGACCCAGCUGCUGCCUCUUAUCUGGUGCAAGCCCUGUGGAAGCUGAACCGAAAGCAGGAGGCUGCUGCUCACUGGCAGAAGCACUUGGAGAGGCCCACGGGGGAAGAUGGGCAGCAGGAAGGGCAGGGAAGGCCCUUCCCCUUGUACCUGGUUUCAUGUGUGAAGCAGGCAGCCUUCCCACAGAGGGAAUCUCUUGCUAGAAGCAUACAGGAUUACCUCAGGACCACGAGCCAGGAUCCCUUUAGCUAACCCAGCCAGUGUCCUCAUCACAAGCCCUGGAGCCUCCCUGCACCAGGAUGACAUUGGGACUCCUCCAGGACUCAAAACUGCUCUUGGGUGAAGCUGGAUUUCCCAAAAGACGGAAACAGAACACAUUCCCUUUUCUAAUAAAAGCCUCAGAUCUGUUCA